AUGAUAUUUGCUUCGUUAAGCAAAGAGAUGGAAAUCAACCUUCCUCCCGCGGUCGUAAAUUUGCCUUGGUCAGAGAAGUACCGUCCGGAGUCCUUGGCUGAUAUGAUUUCUCAUGAGGAAAUCGUCAAAACUCUUGUUCGUUUCGUCAAAUCAAACAGACUGCCUCACCUGUUGUUUUAUGGACCUCCAGGUACAGGAAAAACAAGUGCAAUUUUGGCUGUCGUGAACACCAUGUAUACACGGAGGCAACGCAAUUCGAUGGUUCUGGAGUUGAAUGCGUCAGAUGACAGAGGUAUUGGUGUUGUUAGUACAACUGAUCUCAAAUUUGUUAUUCUUGAUGAGGCUGAUGCAAUGACAAAAGAUGCUCAGAAUGCGCUAAGGAGAGUCAUUGAGAAGUAUACAGCGAAUGUUCGUUUUUGUAUAAUCUGCAAUUACCUUUCAUCAAUAAUUCCUGCUAUCCAGUCAAGGUGCACACGAUUUCGAUUCGCUCCUCUGAGUGUGGAACACAUUGUGCCAAAGUUAGAUCAUGUGAUCGAAGAAGAAAAACUAGAAGUGACUGAAUGUGGGAAGAAGGCACUACUGGAUUUGUCCAGCGGUGAUAUGCGUCGUUUGCUGAACGUCCUGCAGAGCACAUCAAUGGUUGUUUCACGUGUUGACGAGACGAGUGUUUAUCAGUGUGUUGGGCAGCCAACACCUAAACAUAUGGAGAAGAUUUUACAAAUUCUGAUGAAUGAGUCAUUUGCUUCGUGCUGCCGAAAAUUACAACGAGAAUGCAGAGAGGAGGGUUAUGCCUUAAUUGACGUCAUCGCACGACUACAUGACCUUCUUUUUCAGCUCGAUAUUCCAUCAAAAAUUGGUGGCGUUGUUGCUGCCUUCGUACGAGCUCGAAAACUCAUCAAAGAAGCUGCUGAUGUUCAAUAA